GUGAAAAAAAAUUAACGCUGAAGGUAUAUAAAUAGAUGCAAUAAUGAUUUCAACCUUGCUAAUUACCAGCAUUUAGGAUUUUCCAUUCGUUGCAAUCUAAGAAUAUGUGAUCAAUAAUUACAAAGAAUAAAAAAUUAAUGAGAUGCAUAAAAAAUGCAAGAGUUCUGACCAAACACAUUUCUACCGACAGAUCUAGCAUGAGUCGACGACAAAUAGUCGCCCAGAGAAGAUAACAACCUCCUAUCAUUUUGAUCGAAACUAUAAAACGAGAUAAUUACUUCAAAGGGAAAUGCUACAAGUUGCAUUCUGGAUAUUCGUCAUCGUGCUGGUGUUUUGGUUGUUUGCAAAUUCUGUCAACAGAAUUUGUGGUGCACUAUGGGAGAUCCUCGUGCCGAUAAUUAAUUCGAAACCAGUCGAUCUACAAGCAAAGUUUGGUGAUUGGGCAGUCGUAACUGGAUCUACCGAUGGGAUUGGCAAAGCUUACGCAAAAGAGUUAGCUGCAAAAGGAAUAAACCUGGUGCUAAUCAGUCGUACUCUAGAGAAACUGGAGAAAACAAAAAAUGAAAUUAUACAAAAGAAUCCGACGAUCAAAGUAGAGGUGAUCGUGGCGGAUUUCAGCAAAGGCAAAGAAAUUUUUGAGAAGCUUGCAGAACAACUGAAAGAUAUUCCAAUCGGUAUCUUAGUAAACAACGUAGGCGUGCAGUAUAGUUAUCCGAUGUAUGUUGGAGAAGUCCCAGAAGACACAUUAUGGGAUAUCAUCAAUAUUAACGUUGGAGCUACUACAUUAAUGACACGAAUAGUCAUCGGACAAAUGCAAAAACGUGGAAAAGGUGCUAUCGUUAACAUAUCAUCUGGUUCGGCAUUUCAACCAUUGCCAUUAAUGACCGUGUACGCAGCGACAAAGAUUUAUAUCAAAAGCUUUUCUGAGGCGCUCGGAGCCGAAUAUUCCAAAUGUGGUAUAACUGUACAGCAUUUAACCCCGUUUUUCGUAAAUACAAAGAUAAACGCGUUCAGCGAUCGAUUACAGGUAUCUAGUAUUUUUGUUCCCAGUACGACCACAUAUGCCAAAAAUGCGAUUAAUACGCUUGGAAAGACGAAUUCCAGUACUGGCUAUUGGAGCCACGGGAUUCAAAAGAUCAUUGUACUACUUGUACCGGUACAAACACGAACAAUAUUUGGAAUGCUUAUGAAUAAGUCUUUAAGGAAUGACUAUUUCAAGCAGAAAAGAAGUAACUAACCACCAGACAAUGCGUAGUAGUCAAAGAUACAAUUCCGUACUAUUAUUAAUUAGAUAAAGAAAUUUAAUUAUAUGUAUAUUCGAUAAUAGUUACAAAGUUAAAUCCUAAUAUACAUAGUUACACGAUGUACAAAAUGUAGGAAGUGCAAAGAAAUAUCAUUAUUUCAUGUAUUUGAUAUGAUUUUUUAUUAAUUACUUGACUAAUCACAUGGAGGAAUAUGAAAUUCAUUGUCAAGGAUUAAAAUUCCCGCGUAUUUCGAAACAACCACUCAUAAAUGUGUUUUAGAAAGUAUGAUUACAUAAUAAAUGUUUUUUAUCAAAUUGAAAA